GAGAGAGAGAGAGAGAGAGAGAGAGAGUGUGUGUUAGUUAACAUUAACAACACUAGUCAAUAGGCGUGUCUUGUUUUUCCUUUUUUCACAUUAUGCAGUUAAUGUUGUUGUUCUCCUUUCUGUGACUCUCUUUCUUUCUUUCUUUGCACUCACUUCUCUUUCUCUCUCUAUCAUCUCAUCAGCACUUCUGUCUGUCAUCCACCGCUCUUUAAUUCCCCAUGAAACCGUUGAACGUUUUUCAACUCUCACUACCUUCCACUUCUUCAUGGAGGAUGUCCACCACCACCACAACCACACCCUUUUGAUUCACUUUCUCUCCUAAUAAAUAUAGCUAGGUGGUAAACUUGGGAGUAUUGAAUAUUUCCUCAGAAUUUUAUUGUGAAAGAUUGUAAAGGAAUUUGAAGUAAAUGCAUGGAUCGAGGGGACCAAAUGGCGUCUUACUAUAUGCAGAGAGGAAUGCCUGGUGGUGCUGGAAACCAACCUCAACCAGAAUUGCAUAAUUCAUCGAGUAUUCGUCCACUGUCGAAUAAUCCUAAUCUAUCAUUUCAAUCAAACAUCGGAGGUGGUGCCAUUGGAUCCACAUUGCCAUUAGAAUCUUCAGGAAUUUCGUCUCAAUGUGUCAAUGUGGGGGCUCCUUCUGGGGAACCUGCCAAAAGGAAGAGAGGAAGACCUAGAAAAUAUGGGUCUGAUGGAACUGUGUCAUUGGCAUUGACUCCAACACCAGCUACUCAUCCUGGAACCCUUACACAAGGCCAGAAACGGGGUAGAGGGCGCCCCCCAGGGUCCGGGAAAAAACAGCAAUUGGCUUCUCUAGGUGUGGUGACGUCUGGUUCAGCCGGGAUGGGUUUCACUCCUCAUGUCAUCACCAUUGCAAUUGGAGAAGACAUCGCAACAAAAAUUAUGGCAUUUUCUCAGCAGGGACCUAGAGCUAUAUGUAUUUUGUCAGCCAAUGGUGCUGUCUCUACUGUGACACUUCGUCAGCCUUCAACUUCAGGAGGCAGUGUCACAUAUGAGGGGCGUUUUGAGAUAUUGUGCCUAUCAGGCUCUUACUUGCUUGCUGAUGGUGGUGGUGGCUCCCGCAAUCGAACUGGUGGAUUAAGUGUUUCCCUUGCAAGUCCUGAUGGUCGUGUCAUCGGUGGAGGAGUUGGUGGAGUGCUUAUUGCAGCAAGUCUGGUUCAGGUGAUAGUUGGGAGCUUCAUUUGGGGUGGAUCAAAGACGAAGAACAAGAAAAAUGAAGAUUCAGAAGGUGCAGAAGUUUCUAUGGAGUCAGAUCAUCAGGCAGUUCAUAAUCCAGUCGCAGUGAAUAGCAUUUCCCCAAACCAGAAUCUGACUGCAAUCUCAUCUCCCAGCCCUUGGCCUGCAUCGCGUACAUUGGAUAUGCGUAAUUCCCAUAUCGACAUUGAUUUAAUGCGCGGGUGACAAUUUAUUUAGCAUUCACCAGUAGUAGUACUGGAUUUCUAUUUCAGGCUCAUGGUCCCUCAUCUAAUUUUAAUGUAGUAGUGAAUGAGUGAUGACAGAAUGGGAAGUACCAACAGUAGUGUAGAAGUGAGCUGACUUUUGGAAUUUGAUAAAUGUUACCUAGAGCCAUGAUUGACUUUAGGGGGUUGUCCUACUAUUUUUGUAGCUUUCAGGAAUUUUUAAUUUGAUGAUUUCAUUUUCUUGAUUAAGUACUGUUUAUAUCCUAUUUGGAAGAAAUUUACAAUAAGGUAGUUGUUUUGUGGUUUAA